AUGCAAAUGAUCGCUGAUGAAAUCCGAGAAGAUCAGACCCACUGCCUGGAACUUAAGAUGGACAAUGCAAAAGAAUUUUGUUCUGUUUUGAAAACUGUCACUUUCCGAGAGGGAUGUACUUUUCAUGUGACCAAGACGGGUAUUCGAAUUAUCGUUGAUGACCAGCAUUGCGAACAGGCGAAUAUAUAUUUUGAAUAUCCCGUAUUUUCAUCUUUCGUGCUAAGAGAAGAUGUUAACUUCCGAGUUCCAAUACAAGAGUUGACAGAAGUACUGUCGAUGUUAGAUGGUAACGAUGUAACUCUCAAAAUGUCCUACGAUGGCUUUGGAGAGCCUCUUCGAGUCACUUUAGCUUCCAGUGAAGACGAUUAUAUAGUUCAAGCUAGUAUUCAUACUGUUAAUCCCGAAGCUGUGUUGGACUUCGACUUCAACCCUGAGGAAAUUCGAGCAAAAAUCAAAAUAAAACCAGAAUUAUUCCGAGAUAUUAUUAAAGGACUAGAUGAUACUAGCCAUGCUUUGUCAAUGAGAGUUUGUUCAAGGAAAUUUACUAUAAUAUCACAAGGGGAUAUAGGAAAGAUCUCUAUGAACUUCCCUUCUCAUUCCGAACUCAUCGAAAAGAUUGAAUGUACCGUUGACACGAGUCAUAGUUAUAGAGUCUUACUUAUAAAAAGGAUGGCAGCGGCAUUGAACUUGUCUUCUAAGGUAACGCUCUGUAUAGAUGUGAGAGGAGUCCUAUGUGUGCAAUUGGCAAUAGAAAGACCCGAGCAGCAGCAGUUUUUUAUCGAAUUCUUUUGUGUGGCGGAUACCGAGAAUCCCGACGAUGACGAAUGA